AGAUUCAGGUUCAUCCCGCCACAUCGACCAUGAAAGCCGUCUUGAUCAAGUCGCUCGGCCUGAUCCAUGACUCAGACAUCCUUGAGUUUGCCGAUGACUUCGCCCGGCCGUCCAGGAAGAAAGGUCAGCUCCUCGUACGCGUCCUGACCUGCGCGACCAGCGCAGGAGAUAUGCACGUGAUGAGCGGGCGAGUGUCGUUUGCCAUCUCCCCGCCGUCGUUUCCCUACAUUCCUGGCUCCUCCAUUUGUGGCAUCGUGGAGGAAGCAGACGCGGAAGCUGAGUUCAAGCCUGGCGACCGCGUCAUCGGUCACAUGGGGAUGAAGCCCUGGGGAGCGCUGGCGGAGUAUGCUGUGGUGGAGGCUACCAACUGCGUCCUCGCGCCAGACUCGCUGUCAGACGAGGUAGCGUCGGCGUGCGGGGACAGCGCCGCUACGGCCUUGAAGGCAGUUGAGCUAGCUGGAGUGAAGGCGGGGAGCCGAGUGCUGGUUCUGGGAGGGUCGGGAGGGGUUGGGUCGGUUUGUGUGCAGCUGGCAAGAGUAGCGGGAGCGACGUUUGUUGCCUCGACCUCGACGCAGGUGAAGAUGCUGACGGAAGAGCUCAAGGUCGACCGGGCCAUCAACUACAAGGAAGAGGACUGGUGGAGCAUCGGCGAGUUCCAAGAGCAGCCGUUCGACUGCAUCGUGGACUGUGUCGGGGGAGGAGGUCACUUCGGCAAGGCUCAGGAGAGCAAGGUCUUGAAGAGCG